CCUUUGAAAACGUCAUCAUCAGUGGACAAGUGUUUUUCUGCUGCCCUAGCAAGCUGCUUGCGAAUUAGCCUCUUCUUCAGACACAGUCGAUUUUGAUCCCAGAUGACGGCUUCCACUCGCAGGACAGUGCUGUCACUGUACAUGCGGGUGUUUCGCAUCGCCCGAACCUGGCAGGCACAGAGUGGGGUUACAGGUGACACAGAGACUGAGAGAAAGUACAUACUUCAGGAGGCCCGCACUCUAUUCAGGCAAAACCAGCAGCUCACAGAUCAAGAGUCAAUAAAGAAGUGUGUAGAAGAAUGUGAAGCAAGGAUAGAAAUAGGUCUACAUUACAGGAACCCAUAUCCAAGGGCUUCCUACUUACCACCACUGGGACUUGCAACUCAGAAGGGCAGGAAGCUACGAACGCAGCAGCGCCUGAGGAAGCAGGCCAAGCCAAUUUACUUACAGUCACAUGACGAGACAUGAUGCUCGAUUUUGCCGAUCCUCGCCGAGAGUUCAAGUUACCAAGGACAGGAAACUAGAGUGCAGUCACAAGCUGAUCUCACGGGUUGAGUUGUUGCAAGCACUCUAUCAUCAAGAACAUCUGUCAUUCAGGAAAAAGCCGCUUUUCGCUGUCAUGUCAUUUUUUACUGUGAACUAUAUAAAUAUAAAUUCUUAUUGCAGCUGAGGAGUGUCGGUUCUGUAAUAUAAGAUCAA